ACCGGCCACAAGAUUUGAGGGGACCAAUGCAAAAGGAAAAUAUCAGGUUCCUUGAUCUUAAGUUACUAAGAAUUCCAAAAUUAUGACAGGAGAGCAUUAAACCCAGCGCGGCCCGAGGGAGUGCAGCGCAUGAGCCUGCUGCUGUGCCUCCAGGACUGUGGUCCCCAAGAAGUGCUGGGAUCAUCCUUUAUGAAGGGCGUGUGUGCGCUUUGUUUUCUUGGUUUUCAUUGUCGGUGCCGUUUGUCUUCCCCAGUGCUUCUGGAUGGAUCUUCCUUAUCAUUCUAGGAUUGUUCGCCAUCCUCAAGCUUGAAAACCCACUUAAAACCAUUUGAGGGGCCUCUUUAAGUGGUGAGUUGGACAUGGCUGAAGGCUACGGCUGUCCUCUUCCCAGGCGUCUUCCUCUGAGGCUGGCAGAAUAAUGGAGAAAUGAUACUGACUGUAUGAAAGCAUCCCCUUCGGCCAACUCCUGUCUUCCUGGGAAGGCCCCCUGGAAGAAACAGCUGAAGAAGUUGAAGCUGAAGAGUUCCAAUGCCUUGCCAAGACCAUUCUGUUGGCUGGGAGAACACAUCCCUGCCUAGCUGGAGGAAAGUAGGAGAGCGUCCGAAGAGGCUGGCAGCUUCAUUUUGCAAACACACAGAUCACUGCAUCCUUCAGAGAAGUUUUUUCCUGAUUUUGUUUCUCUUGAAGUGCCUGGGGUGAGGAUAAACCUCUACAUUGGCCAAGCAGAAGAAACAGCUAAGAAGAAUUGCUCUGUUCCAGUUGUGUUUGUCCAUCAUCAAUCUGCUCAUUAGUCUUUAGUACAAGUCUGUAAGGAUCUGUGACCCAGGUGAAUCGGUCAGGAGGGGCUCUUCACAGCACAAAGGGAAGCACUUUUCACACUGUUUUAGAAUGAGAAGUUGAAUUCAUGAACAUACAAGAUUUAGAAGACAUGGGCUGUGGUACUUCAUCUGCAACAAAAGACAAGAAAUCUGAGAAAGCUUCCAAGAUUUCUAUUAGCAGUAGCCUUUAUCCAUACAAAACAAGACAAACAGUCAUGUGCACUUCAUCACAACAGCCAUAACCGAGAUGUUAACAGUGAACUGGCCAAGAGAAGGCACUGUGUACACCGCCAGCAAUUCCCAAAUUGGCAACUGGGAACUGGGGAAAAGUCACAGCCAGCAGACCCCCAAAAUGAGGACUGUGGAUUGGCCUGGGUUUCCAAAAAGGGGUAAUAUAUACUGGAAAACCAGUUAGAUCAGGAGCUUCAUGCAACGAGAGCAGAACUCAAAACAGAGAGGAAAUUACCCACAGCCCUCAGAAGUGGUGAGAAAGACAGAACUCAGAAGUGUUUCACUAAAAGCCGCAUUGGUCAUACAGAACUGGUACCGAGGUUACAGAGCCCGAUUGAAGACCAGACAACGCUAUGCCCUCACCAUCUUCCAGUCCAUCGAAUACGCUGAUGAGCAAGGCCAGUUGCAGCUCUCCAACUUCUUCUCCUUCAUGUUGGAAAACUAUACACGUGUGCAGGAGAAAGAGCCAGGAUUAGUAACUCGCCUUUUUGGUAGCAGCAUCCAGGACAAGGAUAGACAAGACUAUUUGGGGUUGAUAGAAGUCCCAGACUCCUACUGUGGUCCUCGGCUGCAAUUUCCUCUCACUUUUACUGACAUUGAUUUACUUAUUGAGGCCUUCAAGCAACAACAGAUACUUCAUGCUUAUUAUGUCUUAGAGGUGCUGUUUGAAACCAAGAAAGUCCUGCAGCAAAUGCCAAAUUUCACUCAUACAAGCACAUCUCCAUCCAAAGAGAUAACAAUCUGUGGUGAUUUGCAUGGGAAGCUAGAUGACCUUUUUUUGAUCUUCUAUAAGAAUGGUCUCCCCUCAGUGAGCAACCCAUAUGUUUUUAAUGGUGAUUUUGUAGAUCGAGGAAAAAAUUCCAUGGAGAUCCUAAUGAUCCUGUUUGUGAGUUUUCUUGUGUACCCAAAUGACCUGCACUUGAACAGAGGCAACCAUGAGGAUUUUAUGAUGAAUAUGAGGUAUGGCUUCACGAAAGAAAUUUUACAUAAAUAUAAGCUGCACGGAAAAAAAAUCUUACAAAUCUUGGAAGAGGUUUAUACCUGGCUCCCAAUUGGUACAAUCAUUGACAAUGAAGUCCUGGUCAUACAUGGAGGGAUAUCAGAGUCCACAGACUUGAAUUUACUCCACCGUUUAGAAAGAAACAAAAUGAGAUCUGUGCUGAUGCCACCAAUUCCAAUGGAUGGAGACCGUGCUGAGAAGAAAAAUAAACUGGGUACAACCAUUGUGGCUCAGGGAAUCAGAACAAGUGGGUCCUUUUCUGAACAAUUAACAAAGCAGGAAUGGGAGCAGGUUGUCGAUAUCCUUUGGAGUGAUCCCAGAGGCAAAAGAGGCUGCUACCCAAACACGAACCGAGGAGGGGGCUGCUACUUUGGACCAGACAUUACCGCCAAGAUUCUUAAUAAAUACCAGUUGAAGAUGCUUGUUAGAUCUCAUGAAUGUAAGCCUGAAGGGUAUGAAAUCUGCCACGAUGGGAAGGUUAUUACUGUAUUUUCUGCAUCUAAUUAUUACGAAGAAGGUAGCAAUCGAGGAGCUUACAUCAGAAUGAGUUCUGGUACGACCCCCCGAUUUUUCCAGUACCAAAUAACUAAGGCAACGUGCUUCAGGCCUCUUUACCAAAGGGUGAAUGCUAUUGAAAGUAGUGCCAUCAGGAUGUUAAAAGAGAGAAUGAUUUCACGAAAAACUGACCUCACUCGAGCUUUCCAACUUCAAGACCGCAAUAAAUCAGGAAAACUUUCUAUGGGCCAGUGGGCUUUUUCAAUGGAGAAUGUUUUGGGGCUGAACUUACCAUGGAGAUCACUGAGUUCUCAUCUUGUAACCACAGACAAAGAUGGAAAUAUUGACUACAUGUCUGGCUUCCAGGAUGUCCACAUUCAGAAACCUGUGAAAGAGGUUCAGUCUACUCUAAUUGAAACAGUGUACAGAUACCGAUCUGACCUGCAAAUCAUCUUUAAUAUCAUUGACUCUGAUCACUCAGGCCUGAUCUCCAUGGAAGAAUUUCGUAGCAUGUGGAAACUUUUCAAAAGUCACUACAGUGUCCAUAUUGAUGAUUCCCAGUUUGAUGAGCUCGCUGAAAGGAUGGACUUAAACAAAGAUGGAAGCAUUGACUUUAAUGAGUUUUUAAAGGCUUUCUAUGUAGUGCAUAAAUUUGACAAGUUGAACAAAUCAGACAACAAGCUUGCAUAACAAGAAUUAGGGCUUUCCCUCCUUGACAUAGUUGGCCCAAAUCUCUGACACAGUCCUUACCAUGACCCUUGAAAUCCAUACUCAUCAGUAGAGAGAAGUAGACCCCAAUUUAUGCCAUAAGCAGAUGUAUAAUGUGGGUAUUAUAAGUCCCUAAUAAGUUGUUAUUGGUAAGACUAGGCUAAAUGUCAGCUUAUAGAAUUUGACUCCAGUAGUGGGAGUCCCACAUUGUCAGGUAGAAACUGAAUUUGAGCCUAAUGUUGGUCUCUUGGAUGCCACCUAACCAGGAGACCUGAGCAGUUUGGAAACAUUGAAAAGAACCCACAGAACACCAGAGAAAGUACAGCAUCUGUGAGUGGCUGAGGGAUGGGAGGAGGAAUACCAAACUAUUAAUGGAAUAAAGUGUUUCCAUCUUUAAA